AUGACGACUUCAACAAAAGAGAAAGUUGGAUUGUACAUAGCGAAUGAUUUGGAAGAAUUAAACAAACGGGCAGAUGAUAAUCCGUCGAUUCAAAAGGCUAAAUUAUCAAAUUGUGCACAGAUAACUCAUAUUAUAGAAGCAACGUGGCAAGAAGCGAAGAAAGCAGAACUAAACUGUGAUGAAGAACGUGCUUAUAUUCUUUAUAUGAGGCUAUUCGCAUGCUUUACAGCUUUGAAACAAGCAAAGGAUGUUGCCAGUAAUCAAAGUAGUGUGCAAUAUUAUCAGAAAGGUGCUUUGAUUUGGUUGGAGAAAGCGGAUCAAUUGUCAGAAAGUUUGAAAUCCAGAUACGACGAGAAAAAUGCCGUGAAAUUGGAAGAAGAUCGAAAAAACAAAGCGGAGAUCGAUGAAGAGAAUAAUUUGGCUACGUCUAUCAUAUCUAAGUUACUUUAUACAUAUAUGAAUACGCGCAAGAAGAAUAUUUUAUUGAUUGACAUGCGUUCGAAGGCGAACUAUGAUCAGUCGCACAUGAAAACAGCAGCUUGCAUCCAUAUUCCAUGUGAUCUUAUGAAAGGAAAAGGAUGGACGUCGUGGGGCGUCGAAUCUGCUUUAACGGAUUCUGACGCUGCAUCGAAGUUCAAACAACGUGCUACGUACGACUAUGUUGUUCUAUUCGAUGAAGGCAGCUAUGAAAGGAAUUUAUCAUCUGAUCAUUGUUUACAAGGUUUAAAACAAGCAAUCUAUUCCUUCGAUCGCGAUGUUAAACUAAAACAUGAACCGUUGAUACUCGAGGGUGGCUAUCAAGAUUGGUGUUGUUAUUAUCCAACUGAAAACACAGCACCACUACCUUCCAACAAAUCGAAUAAUGGCUUACAAUCAUUUGAGGUUGCCUAUCCGGAGGAUGUAAUCCAAUCAGAACAAGUACCGAGCGAUGCAGCAAGUGAUGCUCAACCCGAAGCGGGGAUUUUUAUACCUGCUGUUAUGCCGCAAGUCGAUCGUACACGAAAGCCAAUCCAGACUCCAAAACCUGAACAAGAUGAAACACAAAUCAAGCCUUCACAACCCGACGAGCCACUACAACCAUCACCAGUCGCAAAAGAACAACCUCAAAUUCCAGAUCGAUCAAUAAAGCCAAUUACCCCAGCCGGACCAUCUCCAGUGGCGAAUCAAGAACCACCUACUGUACCUACUACUCCAAGUAUUCCACCACGCCCUGCGCCAUCUGUGUCUAGCACAGCUACAACUUCAGAAGUACCCAAACAACCGAAACCAAUCGAUACCAAUCAGGAAAACAUUCCACCAAAGUUCUCCGUUCCAAAUCGUGAAACACUUCCUAUCUAUCGACCAUUCAAUCGAGCGGUACCAGUCAAUGACACGAAUGCACAAUUCCAAAAAAGAUUCGAUGCCGUCACCGGCCGAAAAAUCAUUCUCGAUACUAAAACCAAUCAAUAUGUAUCUAAUGUUCCCGAAAAUGACUCAACUCGACCUCCUCCUGCUCCUUCUCAAACAAUACCAACCAUCAACCGUGAGACAAAACCUGUCUUAACUGAACAAAAACGUCGCCAAAUCGCCUAUGACUAUCGCGCAUUGACAGAUAACUUUCAAAUCAAUCGGCGAACAGGUUUGAAGAACCUCGGCAAUUCUUGCUAUAUGAAUUCGAUUAUUCAAUCUCUAAGUUUCAAUUUUCGCUUGACAAAUUAUUUCCUUACCGGAGAAUUCUAUAAAGAUAUCAAUCAGAAAAACAAAUUCGGUUCCGGCGGAUUAGUUGUUAAAGAAUGGUUCAAUUUGGUAUACGCUCUUUGGUGCAGCCAAUUUUCCCAAUUGUCGCCAUAUCCAUUUAAAAACGUUGUUGGAUCGCUUCAGCGUGCGUAUUUAGGUACACAACAACAGGAUGCUCACGAAUUUCUCGUCUUUCUACUUGAUGCUUUACACGAAGAUUUGAACCAAACUAAUCGUCCUCGACUUGAAGAAAUCAAAGCUGAAAAUUAUAAAACUGAACAGCAAUUAGCGGAUGCCACCAAACAAGCAUUUCACUUGCAUAAUAAAUCGAUCGUUAUUGAUCUGUUCUACGGUUUAUUCAAAUCAACUACUAUAUGUCUUUCAUGUUCAUAUAAUUCGAUUCGUUUUGAAGCAUUUGCGAUCAUUAGUGUGCCGAUUCCACCUGUCCGACAAUGUUCAUUAGAUGAGUGCAUGGAUUUGUUUCGCGAAUUCGAAUAUUUAACAGGUGAAGAACGUUAUGAAUGUUCAAAAUGCAAACGAUUAUCCGAUAAGAAACGACGGUUGGAUAUUUGGGAAUUACCCAAAAUCUUUAUUGUACAUUUCAAACGUUUUCGUCUUCAACAGAUGCGAUACAUUAAAAAUGAAUCCUUAAUUCGAUAUCCCACAGCGAGUGUGGAUUUUUCUCGUUGGACACAUACUCGUUCGACGUCCAAAUAUUCUCUCGUUUCUGUUGUUAAUCAUUUUGGUUCAAUGAACAGUGGGCAUUACACAUCAUUCUGUAAAGAUGGUAAUCAAUGGUAUUAUUGUGAUGAUGAAUCGAUCCGUGCUGCCGACAUACGUGAACUUGAAAACAAUGUUCAUGCUUAUCUUCUUUUUUAUUCUUCAAUUGCGUCGCAACAAUUAAGUUUACCGUUAAUUUCAAAUUGA